AUGGAAUCAAUCUCCAUGAUGGGAAGCCCCAAGCACCUCAAUGAGACUUUCCUCCCAAACGUUGCCAAUGGCAUCAAGGACAGCAGUAAGGUCACAAUCGGCAUCAUUGGAAGUGGAGACUUUGCCAAGUCAUUGACUAUUAGACUGAUCAGAUGUGGUUUCCAUGUGGUAGUGGGAAGCAGGAACCCCAAGCUUGCUGCUGAGUUCUUUCCCCAUGUGGUGGAUGUGACUCACCAUGAAGAUGCAGUUGCAAAAGCUAACAUCAUUUUUGUAGCCAUACACAGAGAACAUUAUGCCUCCCUGUGGGACCUCAAACAUUUGCUUGCUGGUAAAAUCCUGAUUGAUGUCAGCAAUAACACCAGGAUUGACCAAUACCCAGACUCCAACGCAGAGUAUCUGGCAUCACUUUUCCCAGAUUCCCAGAUUGUCAAAGGAUUCAACGUGGUUUCAGCUUGGUCACUGCAGUUGGGGCCCAAGGAUGCCAGCAGACAGGUCUAUGUCUGCAGUAACCACAUCCAGGCUCGCCAGCAGGUCAUCGAGCUUGCCCGGCAGCUCGGCUUCUUCCCUAUUGACCUGGGGGCACUGUCAUCCUCCAGGGAGAUUGAAAACGUUCCUCUGCGACUCUUCACGCUGUGGAAGGGGCCUGUGCUGAUUGCAAUUAGCCUGGCAACCUUCUUCUUCAUCUAUUCCUUCGUCAGAGACGUGAUCCAUCCCUACCUGAGGAAUCAGCAGAGCGACUUCUACAAGAUCCCCAUUGAGAUCGUCAACAAGACGCUGCCCAUCGUGGCCAUCACCUUGCUGUCCCUGGUGUACCUGGCAGGGCUCCUCGCAGCUGCUUACCAGCUGCACUCUGGCACCAAGUACAGGAGGUUCCCCCCGUGGCUGGCCAGCUGGCUGCAGUGCCGCAAGCAGCUAGGGCUGCUCAGCUUUUUCUUUGCAGCAGUGCACGUGGUGUACAGCCUCUGCCUGCCCAUGCGGCGCUCCGAGCGCUACCUGCUCCUCAACAUGGCCUACCAGCAGGUUCAUGCAAACGUUGAGAACUCCUGGAAUGAGGAGGAGGUAUGGCGCAUCGAGAUGUACAUCUCCUUUGGGAUCAUGAGCCUGGGGCUGCUGUCCCUGCUGGCUGUCACCUCCAUCCCUUCAGUCAGCACUGCCUUGAACUGGAGGGAGUUCAGCUUCAUUCAGUCCACCCUGGGAUACGUGGCUCUGCUGAUCAGUACUUUCCAUGUCCUGAUUUACGGCUGGAAAAGGGCUUUUGAAGAAGACUACUACAGAUUUUAUACUCCUCCCAAUUUUGUCCUUGCCCUUGUUCUGCCUUCCAUGGUAGUGCUAGGGAAGAUUGUCCUGCUGCUGCCCUGUGUCCGCAUGAAGCUGAGGAGAAUUCGACGAGGAUGGGAGAAAAGCCAUGUCCUAGAAGAAGUGAGUGGGUCUGUGCCACAUCCCUCCCCAGAGAGGAUAACUGUCAUGUGA